AUGGAAGUAAUUUUGUUUGAGUUCAGCUGGAAGGAGCUCUGGUCCCAUUUGUGGGCUUCCAAACGCAAAGAAAUAAUAAAAGUGGUGCAUAUGUGGGCUCGGCCACAAAAGACUCAUAUCAACAUCUCAUUUGUCCUAAUCUCUGGUUUUGAGGGCGACAACUUGACUGAGACGUCACCUAACCUUCCGUGGUACACAGGUCCAACUCUACUUGAAGCCAUUGACCGGAUCAAUGAGCCGAAAAGACCAUCUGACAAGCCUCUCCGUCUUCCCCUUCAUGAUGUCUAUAAGAUUGGUGGGAUUGGAACUGUGCCUGUGGGACAGGUUGAAACUGGUGUGAUUAAGCCAGGUAUGGAGGUCACUUUUGGCUUUGGUUUGACAACUGAAGUCAAAUCUGUAGAGAUGCACUCCAAAGCACUGCCUGAGGCAUUGCCAGGAGAUUUUGUUGGUUUCAAUGUUCAGAAUGUUGCUGCAAAGGAUCUUAAGCGUGGGUAUGUUGCUUCAAACUCUAAGGAUGACCCUGCAAAGGGUGCUGCUAGUUUUACAUCUCAUGUCAUCGUCAUGAACGACUACCCGGGUCAAAUUAAAGUAGGGUAUGAACCAUUGCUAUCUUGCCAUACUUCUCACGUUGCAGUUAAGUUUGCUGAACUGUUGACCAAGAUUGACCGUGAUACUUAUGAGGAUCUUGAGAGUAAGCCCAAGUUUUUGAAAGGUGGCGACGCUGGAAUAGUGAAGAUGGUUCCAAUAAAGCCGAUGGUGGUUGAGAUUUUCUCUGAGUAUCCUACAUUGGGUCGAUUUGUUGUGAGGAACUUAAGACAGACUGUUGCUGUGGGCGUGAUCAAGAACGUGGAUAAGAGGGUUCCAAUUAAAAGAUUAUCAGCUCAAUGCGGCGGGGGUGGCGACGACGUGAUAUAG